ACUACGUCAUAGCUGGCAAUUCUCAUUGACACACACACAAAACCGGGGCUAUUUUCAUUGACAUAAAUUAUGACACUUGUACACACUUGUACAUAUGUUAUUUUAUAAGCUCACAAUCACGUAAAAUCUGAUAAAAAAAUUUUUUUGACACAUUAGUAAACAAUUGUUUUGAUUUAAUAACUAUAUUUUAAUUUUAUUAAAAAAAUCAUAUUAACAGUUAAUUAAGUGUAGAAUUUAAUAUGAAAAUAAUAAAAAAAUGAAUGAACAAAAAAAUAACCUCAAUCAGAUAAAAGUUGUUGAUAAUAAUAUUUGGCCAAAUGCAACAAGUGAAAUGGUAGUUGAUGGAAAAGGAUCUACAUCAUUUUUGUCGAUUAAUUCAAAUAAUACACAACGAAUUAUGGAAUCAACAAGUUCUGCUGGAUCAGUUUCAAUAAAUCGUCAUCUACCUGUUAUAAUGAAUGUUAAUGAACAUUUAAAAAGACAUAGAGUACAACAAAAUCAUGAUCAAUCAAUGAUAGACUCACAAUUAGCAAACAAUAAUAAUACCAACAACAACAACAACAACAAUACAAUUAUAAAUAAUAACAAUGAUGGAGAGUCAAGAUAUUUACAUAAAAAGUUUAAGAAGGUUGCGUCAAGUGAAGUGGUUGUACCAAUGGAUUUUGCAAAAGAAAAUUCACCAGUUAUUAGUGAUACAUCAAGUUCAUUGAGAAGUGUCAUCAAUCGAAUUGAUUCAUCAACUGCAGAUAGUAAUAAAAAGUCUUCCAAAAGUGACAACGUAACAACAGAGCUUGAUUGUGAGUCAAGUGAUACUAUAAAAAAUCAUUAUAAUUGUCCGUAUUGUAAACAAUCUUACACUGAACAAAAUGCCUUAGAAAAACAUAUUAAAUCACACACAAAUGAAUAUCCUUAUUGUCGCACAUCUUGCACUGUUUUUUCAAAAACAAAAUCUUCCAGAUCACAUGCUUCAAAAGUAGAUAAUAAUGAGACUGGAAAGGUCUUUGAAGAUUCUGAUGUUGACUCAUCAGAUAGUGUAAGCAGUGAAGCAGAUCAAAUGUCUGGAUUAUCAAUGCCAUCAUCUUCAGAUAUGUUAAAAAUUAAAACAUCACAAACUGGAAAUAUUUAUAAGCCAAAAUUUCAUACAGCUUUGCAAUCUAUAAAUACGGAAACUGUAGUUUCAUCAAAUUCAUCUUCAAAUGGUUUAUCAUCAACAUCAACAUCAACAAAUAGUAAUCCAUACACAUCACAAUUUCAACAACAUAUUGAUAAAGUCAUAACAAAUAAUUCAGUUAUUGUUAAUGCUCUUGAUCUUAGUUCACAAAAAUUAAUGCAACAUCAACAAAAUUUUAUUGAUACACAAAAAACUAGUAAUCAACCUGUUAAUCUAUCACUGAUUAAUGAUAUUACAUUAGAAAAAAAUUAUAAUAAUAAUAAUAAUUCUUUUCAAAAUAGAUCAAUGGUAAUACAGAGUUUAGAAAAAUCACCAAUAAUAUUAAAUGGUCAACGUACAAAUGGUUUACAACAAAAUAAUGAUACAUUUAUUAAUGGAUAUAAAAGAAUAUCAAAUUUAGAUAUUGAUAAUUUUGAUUAUCAACAACGUCAUUCAUUGUCAUCAACACUUUCACCAUCUUUAAAAUCUUGUUUUUCAUUUGACAUGGAAUCAAAAGACUCUGAGUCACAUAAAUCAAGUUCAUAUAAUCAUACAAUUCAGCCACUUCCUUCACCAGGUCCUCUACUUGGUAAUACAAGAUUAGUUGAUGGUCCUUCAUGUGCUAAAAAACCACGUAUACAAUAUUUAUCAACACUCAGAUCACUUGAUGAUUCAUUAUGUCAAAGACCAAAUUUUUCACGUAUGUUUGGUGGUAAAGUUAAAAUAUCAAAUAAUAGUGGAGAAACUAAAACCAUAAGAAUUAAAUCAAGACAACAAAAUUCAUCAUUAAAUGAGCAUAAUUUUAAUAAUAAAUGUGCAACAACUGAGACAUCAUCAAUUGUUGUUAAAUCAGGAUUUCAUUCAGGUGGUACAAUGUUACAUAAACCACCAAUUACAACAGCUAAUGAUAUGAAAAAUUCAAUGUCAAUAAUAGAUACAUCAGAAAUUUUAUCACCAAUAAUACCAAACAUAUCAACUCCAAAUAUUGCACCAAAAAUGACAUGCUAUAAUUACACAGAACCAAUUAAUCAUUUUACAAAAAUAACAACAACCUAUAAUUCAUUUAAAUUAUCAAAAUCUGGAUCUCCAACAAUUUUCCAUAAUAAUAAAAUAAUACCUCAUGUUCCUGGAAUACCUGGACCACAUACACUUACAAAUACAACAACAGAUUAUGGAUCUUUGUUUCAACGAAAUAAAAUACCUACAUGUAAAGUUAUUCCUAGUAUUUCAGGAAAUUAUAUGACAUCCCAAACUCGUGAAAUAUCAAGUCCAAUUAAAGUUAAAACACCAAAUAAUGUUGUUGAUAAUAUGGAAGUGUCUUGUAAUAUAUUAAACGCAGAACAAUCAUCAAGUUCAACAAGUAUAAUUGAAGAUUCUACAAUUAGAUUAAAAAAAUCAAACAAUGACAUAUUAAAUUCUAAAGGUAUAAUGAUAAUUCAAGACAAAUUACGUUAUGGAAGUAAUUCAGAAACAAUUACUGAGCUUAAAACUGAUAAAUUGGAUCGAUUUAUUGAUAAUAGAACAAAAAUUACAACUUCAAAUGAUUUAAUAAUUGAUAAAUCACCUGUUAAUUCAAUUACAAAUAAAUAUGAUAUUUGUAAACCAACAAAUUCAUUUGAUAAACAAUUUGAUUCAUUAAAAAUUAAUGAUAAAAAUAAAAAUUUAAAAUUUUUAAGACCAACAAGUUUACCAUUAAAACCUGGUACAUUUACAUUAAAAAAACAUCAUGGAAUAACACCAACAGUUAAUACAAAAAAUUUAAUAACUCCAGAUACACCAAGACCAAUAAAAUCAUAUGGACAACUUUAUUUAAAUGGACAUGCAUAUACAUAUCUUGGAUUAAAAUGUUCAACAAAAGUAUUUUAUUGUACACUUAAUCGUUGUCAACCAAUGUAUGUACCAGAUCAAAAACGUUUAUCAAUGUAUUCAAAUUGGAAAAUUUGUCAAGAUAAACCAUCAAAUUUUGAAUUAUCACAUUAUGAUUCACGUAAUCGUUCAAAAAAUUAUACAAUAGCUAAUAAAAAAUAUGAAAAUAUUUUAACACAUUCAUCAUAUCAACAAUAUACUCCAUCAAGUCCUGAUUCUGGAAUUGAAAUUGAUGCUCAAAAAAAUUUACAUAAAAAUAAAUCUAUUAAUGAUAAUGAUACAAAUGAUGAUUAUAUUUAUGUAAGAGGAAGAGGUAGAGGUAAAUAUAUUUGUAAUAAAUGUGGUAUAAGAUGUAAAAAACCUUCAAUGUUACGUAAACAUAUCAGAUCACAUACAGAUGUUAGACCAUAUACUUGUGAAUAUUGUGUUAUGAGUUUUAAAACAAAAGGAAAUUUAACAAAACACACAAAAUCAAAAUCUCAUUAUGGAAAAUGUAUGGAACUUGGUGUAAUAAUAAAAGUGCCAACAAUAAAUUGUGAUAAAAAUAUUGAUGAAGAUCAAACAAGUGCUAAAUUAAUUUCUGUUGGUGUAAAUAAUGAAGAAUCAUCAGAUGAAGAACCAAGUGAUAAUGAAGAAAGUGAAGAUUCUGCAAAUGAAGAACAAGAAGCUGCACAAAGUCUUUUGAGUCUUUCACAACUUAAUACAAAUAAAUUGCCAGGUUUGAUUUCUUCUGAUCGGCCAACAACUUAUCCAUAUGCUUAUGCUAAUACUACCUUAGUUAUCACUAGCAAUGUAUCAGCAAUAACUAGCACUAAUGCUUCAACAAAUUCUGUAACAUCAACAGCUAUACAAUCUGAAAUUUCUCACAGAUAUUAUUUUUCUCCAAAUAGAUCAACAUUUAAUGAUAAUCCAAGUUCUUCUUCAAGCAUAAAUGAACCUGUUUCACAAAUUCAAGUAUUUGAUAAUAAAAAUAUUCAACAACAACAACAACAACAACAGUCUCAUCAACCAAUUGAUUUAACAAAAAAAAUUAUUAGACCAAAUAUUAAGCUUCCUUUUGAGCUUAAUGGUCUUAAAAAUACAAUUGCCAGAAAAGUUGUUGUUGUUCCAACGUCCUCUAAUGGUUUUACAAAACCACAAGCUAAAUUUUUACAACCUUCUUCAACAACAGCAUCAAAUUAUCCCAGUGAAAAAGGAAAGGAUGGAAGAUGGAUAUGCAAAAUUUGUAGUAAAGAUUUUCGAGAAUAUAGCCAAUUUAAAAAUCACAUGAAUAUUCAUUAUUAUGAGCAUCCAUACAAAUGUGAAAUUUGUUCUCUUGCAUUUAAAACAAAAGAAAAACUAUCAAAACAUGAACGUUCAUCUCAACAUAUAAACAAAUUAAAUAUAACAUCAACACUUGGUGCUGGAAUUUUAAAUGAUCCAAGACCAUAUAAAUGUGAACAUUGUGAUGUUGCAUUUAGAGGACCUGGAUAUCUUGCCAAACAUCUUAAAAGUAAAGGACAUAUUGGGAAAAUUGAAUGUUUGCAUAAAAUACCAUUUGGUACAUAUGCAGAAAUGGAAAGAUCUGGUAUAUCUUUUAACGAAAUUGACACCACAAAUUGUGCUCAAAGUCUUAUUAGCUUACAGAAAAUAGCACGUAAACUUUAUGAUCAAGAUCCUAGAGAAAUGACUGAAUGGCAAAGUAGUAUGGAUCCACCACAAGGAACAAAUAGUGAUAAUACUUUUUCAAAUAAAGCUGAAGAAUCAUGUGGAACAAAAGAAAUUCAAGUUAAUAAACAUGAUGAUUUUAAUGAUGAAAAUAGACAAAAUACUGGACAAAAUUUUGAGGACCAAAGUCAACAAGAAAAAGACAAUGUAUAGUGCCAAAAUAUAUGUCAAUAUUUUGUAAAAUUUUUAAUAAUAAUUUUUUACACAAAUAAUAUUUUAAUAAUAUUGACAAAUAUAUUUU